AGUGGCGCGGUGUCCCGGCUGCGCAACCAGCCUAGGGCCAUGGCCGCCUCUCUGGGCCCCACCGGCGUUAGCAGCGCCGGGGCAGUGCCUGGCUCCGGCCCGUCGGGCUUCGCCCUGGACUCGGGACUCGAGAUCAAAACUCGCUCCGUGGAGCAGACGCUGCUCCCACUGGUUUCUCAGAUCACCACACUUAUUAAUCAUAAAGAUAAUACCAAAAAGUCUGACAAAACUCUACAAGCAAUUCAGCGUGUAGGACAAGCUGUCAACUUGGCAGUUGGGAGAUUUGUUAAAGUAGGGGAAGCGAUAGCCAAUGAAAACCGGGAUUUGAAAGAAGAAAUAAAUAUUGCCUGUGUUGAAGCCAAGCAAGCAGGAGAAACAAUUGCAGCUCUUACAGAUGUGAGCAGCUUGAAUCAUCCAGAAACAGAUGGCCAGAUCACAAUUUUUACAGACAAAACAGGUGUAAUAAAGGCUGCAAGAUUGCUUCUUUCUUCAGUGACAAAAGUGUUGUUGCUGGCAGACCGGGUAGUCAUUAAGCAGAUAAUCACAUCAAGAAAUAAGGUCCUUGCAACUAUGGAAAGACUGGAGAAAGUGAAUAGCUUUCAAGAGUUUGUCCAGAUAUUCAGUCAAUUUGGAAAUGAAAUGGUGGAGUUUGCACAUCUAACUGGAGAUAGACAAAAUGAUUUGAAAGAUGAAAAGAAAAAGGCAAAAAUGGCAGCCGCUAGAGCAGUUCUUGAAAAGUGUACAAUGAUGCUUCUCACAGCUUCAAAGACGUGUCUCAGGCAUCCCAAUUGUGAAUCAGCCCAUAACAACAAAGAAGGUGUAUUUGACCGCAUGAAGGUGGCGUUGGAUAAGGUCAUUGAAAUUGUGACUGACUGCAAACCAAAUGGAGAAACUGACUUUUCAUCUGUCAGUAUUUUUACUGGAAUUAAAGAAUUCAAGAGGAAUAUUGAAACUCUUCGGGAGAACCUGAAUUUCCAAUCAAAAGAGAACCUGUCUAUGAUGCUGGACGUUCUCUUGGAGCGUACAGAAGACUUCACUGACUCUGCCUAUACCAGCCACGAGCACAGGGAACGCAUCUUGGAGCUGUCCACACAGGCACGGAUGUCACUGCAGCAGUUAAUUUCUGUGUGGAUUCAGGCUCAAAACGAGAAAACAAAAAGCAUUGCUGAAGAACUAGAACUUGCUAUGUUGAAAAUCAGCCACAGCCUCAAUGAACUUAAGAAAGAACUUCAUAAUACGGCAACUCAGCUGGCAGCUGAUCUCUUAAAAUACCACACUGAUCACAUGGCUCUGGAAGCAUUAAAACUUAUUGGAGUAGAAGGAAAUUUAGAAGGUUUGAAUGAAUAUGCCUGCAAACUCUCAGAGCAGAAAGAGCAGCUUGUUGAGACCUGUCGACUGCUACGUCACGUGUCUGGGACAGAACCUCUUGAAAUCACCUGUCUACAUGCAGAGGAGACAUUCCAGGUGACCGGCCAACAGAUAAUUUCUGCUGCUGAAACAUUGACAUUGCAUCCUUCCAGUAAAAUUGCUAAAGAGAACCUAGAUGUCUUUUGUGAAGCUUGGGAAUCCCAAAUUAGUGACAUGUCAACAUUGCUAAGAGAAAUCAAUGAUGUAUUCGAAGGACGACGAGGAGAGAAGUAUGGCUAUCUUUCACUUCCAAAGUCAAUGAAGAAUAAUGCAAACCUAAAAUCACUAAGGACAGACAAGCUGGACUCCGAGGAGCAAGCCAAGGUAGCAAAGGUGGGACUGAAGCUGGGUCUGCUCACCUCUGAUGCCAAUUGCGAGAUUGAGAAGUGGGAGGAUCAGGAGAACGAGAUGGUUCGAUGUGGACGGAACAUGUCCAGUGUGGCCUAUUCUCUGUAUUUAUUUACUAGGGGAGAGGGGCCACUGAAAACUUCCCAGGAUUUAAUUAAUCAACUAGAGAAUUUUGCUGAAGAGGGCUUAAAGCUUGCUUCAAGUGUACAAGCUUUCUCAAAACAGCUGAAAGAUGAUGACAAGCUUAUGCUUCUCCUGGAAAUAAACAAGCUAACUCCUCUAUGCCACCAGCUCCAGACAAUAACUAAGAUACCUUUGCAGAAUCAGGUGUUUCUAAAGGUUGAUAAGUGUAUUACAAAGACAAGAUCCACGAUGGCUAUCUUGGUCCAACUUCUCUCACUUUGCUAUAAACUGCUGAAGAAGCUUCAGGUGGAAAACAGCAGAUGGGGCUCGGCUACCAAUAAAGAUUCCAUGGAUAGUAAAAUCUGAGUGCCUUUGGGGUCAGAUCUCUGGAAUAUCAUGUGGCAAAGCUGACAUUUUUAGAAAGCAAAUAUUCUUUGUAUUUUCUGAAACUCAGCAGUUUCAUAAAGAAGACAAAUCUGAAAUCGUCCUAUAUUUUCUGAUCAUGAAAUCAAUUGUAAAACUUUUGACAACUAAUAAAUGAAGUGGUAGUUGUUAGAAUUCAAAUUGCAGUGUCAUUAUCAAAUGGAACAUUGCCACUGAUGUUCUUUAAGAGCCAAACAAAUUCUCUUAAUGGUCUCAGUUGCUUUAAUGACAAUUUAAUCCAAAGAGCUAUUUUGAGUCUGUAACCACCUUGGGUAUACCCUACCUUAACUCCCUAUUGCUGUUUUUUUUUUUUUGUUUUUUUUUUUUAAAUCUAAGCUUAUCAUUUAGGUACACUAAUUUCCAGCAGAAAACAUACAGUAGUCUGGGAGAAUAUAGGCUUUCCUUAGCCUGUGGCCCUCUUUUAACUCCUCUGUCCAGCAGUCAUGACUGGGCCUCUUUGUCGUCAGACUACCCAUGCUUCUAGCUUGCAUUUGUGACAGUUUCAGGCUGUCAUGCUGCCUGUGUCCCUGCCUGAUUCCCAAAGGCCAGGUCCUGGAGCUCACACCACAGAAUCCUGGAGGAACUCACUAGGGUAUGGCUUGUAAUUCUAAUUCUAGUGUAAAUGGCCCGUCUGCCCUGAAUAUUAGCUAGAAUCCUAAAUCUAUUUCAGUGAGAUUUCUACAAUAUCCUUUGCAGUAGUGCUGGAUAAAAUAGAAGCUGUAAGAUUAAAAAUUGUUUAAUUAAAUGUUAAAUAUU